UAAAGAUGGAUUUACAAGCUAUCGAUCCCACCGAGAGGAUACCCCGGAACCGAUGGAGCACCGAGCAGAAGCUUUUCCUCUGCUGUCUCUAUAAAUUCUUCCGUAGAGACAGAAGAGAUUUCAAAGUAAUCUUCAAUCAUGCAUUUAGGCGCGAGCUGAUCCAGUGUGGAUUCACGGAAGGGGUUUCGACGGGUCCGUUGGAGGCCAUGUGGUCCAUGAUGAAGAGGACUGAUGAUCCCAUGUGGGGGCAUGUACGCAUGUCACCAUUCCACGACCGUGGUCCCUGGUUCUCCAUGAUUGAGAGAAUUAAAGAAUGUGCGAAGGCAUUGAACAUUACCCUUAUCGAGAAGGAAGCGGAUGACAUAGAGACCUCGAACUUCCAGCCCAGGCAGGAGAGCCCUCCUGCUGUCUUUGAGCCAGCAGAUGACAUGGAUGAGGGCCCUGCCACAGCCUCCAACGCAAGAGCACUGGAUACCUCCGCUAUACGUAACCCUGUGGAAAUUAGUAGACAUCAUUAUACUGACUUGAGCCUUUGUACUGGCGGUUGGAAGAGAUGUUUAUGGUGCCAUAAAGAAGGUGUUAAGCAGCAAGAAGUCGCGGCAUGGAUACCACCUAUUCUUUAUAGAUGGUCAAAUAUCAAUUCCCAAGGGGUCAAUUCCACCAAAAUGUUUCUUGCUGGGUUAUUCACAGAUGAGUUAGAGUAUUUUGCGCCAGAUGAUAUCGAGGCACAUGAGUUCGAACAGCACAUUGUGAACCACGUUAGUAUAGCCAAGGUUCCAACACCAUUCAUCUCAACUUUUAGAUCGAUGCUUGCGCCAGUUCAUAGGGCAAUAAAACACAAAGAGGGAGCAAUAGUGACCAUGAUAGACCCCCAAAAGCUCCCGACCCAAGUUUUCUCUGCUAAAGAGCUUCUCCGAAAGAUUGGGCUGAGGAUAGGAAGAUAUACUGGAGCUGGAGAGUUUUUUAUUUGGGGGAAGAUUUCUAGCUCUGCGAUCAUAUCCUCGUGGAAAAUCAGCUCGCUUCUUCAGAUAACAAGUGAACAUCCUCAUAUUGAGAGCAUUCUACAGCUUGGCAUCAUUGGAGCCUAUGACAAAGCUGGCCGGCCACUGCACCGAGCCCUAGAGAUGGGUAAAGGCCAACUAGGCCACCAGUCUGGCUUGAGUAUAGGAGAGCUCCUGGCACGACUCCAAGUACCCCCCCAAUACUGUCAUCUAAUUGCGCAAGGAAUUGUCUAUUCGUGGCGUUUUAAUAGGGAAGAAAGCUCCUGGGAAGACUUUAUCGAGGGGGUGAACAUUGGCUAUUCAUCUCAGGUUCAUGAUCUAUGGGCGCCUCUUCCUGCCAUCUCAGACGCAGACAACUCAGAGAUGUUCCGGCACUCUUCAGAUGACGACACUGUAACUGACGGGGGGUCAUCGGAUGAUGAUAAUGAUGAUCAACAUAACGACAACGAUUUAAGUGCUGAUACUUCCGAAUCGCCCAAGAGAGCUGUGCUGCCAACAAUAGAGCUUUUUGAUAGUAGUAUUAGAAGAUGGAUAGCUCAAGAAGAGCACACAAGAGAAGGAAUCAUGGCUGACGACACUGGUGAUGAAAUCGUUGAAAAUGUUGAAGAUAUCUUCGCCACGAAUGGCUUCCCAAACACCUUGUUCAACAUCAAUAUGAAUAAGAAUAACAACGUUGAGGGUUCUACUUCAGAAAGUCCAGGACCGGAGUUGAUCGAGACCAGUGCGUUACACCACGCAGUGAAGCAGGAUCAGUUUGCGAGUGACAGAGCCCGAGUCAACCAGGUUCUGAAAUGA